CACUGAACUUGACGGAAACACGCCUGGUGUGCAUGUCACGUGAUGUAACCUGAGCAGCGUCUACAGGUUAUCAAUCAAUACUCAGGCUAGAGUUUGCGCUUCACUCAAGCUCAAUCACUUUAAUAUCUAGUUUACAGAUAGAGGUCUGUGCGUGUGCGCAACACGAUGGCUGAAGAUGCCUUGUUUGCCAGUGAUUACGAUGGUCCAUGUCCUCUGUGUGAAGAGGAUGAGCAGAGAGCAUAUUGUAGAUACAGAAACAGCGAGCAAGAGAAUGAGAGAGAGAAAAACAGUGAUGGAGAAGAGGUGGAAGACGAGGAGUCACAGGAGUUCAAGAGGGAUGCUGAGGUGAAACUAGAGAAAAUAACUGAGGAGAAUUGGACAAUAGGUCAAGAACCUGAAGAUGGGAAACUAGAGACGGACAAGGAAGAAAACAAAACUGAAGAUGUCACACAGAAAAAUGAAAAAGGCACAGAAGAUGACGAAGAGACAAACAAGAAAGUAGAUAAUGUAGAAACCGAUGAAAAAUAUAACCGUGAGCAGGAAAGUACAUUAGGUUUCAAAAAUUAUGAAACAAAGACAGUUGAUGAUGAUAAUGCAGAGGCAAGCGACUUGCUGGUGCCACCUCUAGAAGAUGACUGCAUUUUGCAGAUGGGCCCAGACUGCACAAUAGACCUGGUGAUGGUGUGUGAUCAGUCGGUGGAGAGAUGUAUGAAUGAAGACCUUUUGUUAUGCCCCCCCAAAUCUUCAGAUCUCCCCCAGCAGCCCCCUGUAAAAUCCCCACCCAGACCGUUAUCUAUCACAUUACCCCAUCAAAAUGCCACAGUACUCCCCUUUCAGCCCCAGUCUCUACUUCAACCUCACCUCCUACCACAGGCCCAGCUGGAGGCCCCGUGCUUGGGUAAACGGCCCUAUGGAAGCAGGACCGAUGUACCCACAGGACAGCUGGAGGUGACGCUGCGGCAGGUGUACAGCACUCGCCGCUACACCCGUUUCGCCAACAGAGUGGCCCCUCUUAUACCUCUGACCUCAGUUGGUGGAGAAACCAGCAGUCAGGCUUUACCCUCCAUCAGCAUGGAUACUCCUCUAAUGCCUCCAAAGAAGAAAACUCGCACCUUCUACAGCACCGAUCAGUUGGAGGAGCUGGAGCGUGUGUUUCAGGACGAUCACUACCCUGAUGGAGACAAGAGAAAGGAGAUCGCUGCCUCCAUCGGUGUUACGCCCCAGAGAAUCAUGGUGUGGUUUCAGAACCGUCGAGCCAAGUGGAGAAAAACAGCAAAAGCCACAGCAAAAAAGCCUUCUGCUAGUCGAGGUCAACCUUGUGUCCAGGUCAACAGGCCACCAGUUUUCACAGCUCCUGCUGUUACAUCUCAACAUGCCAAGCCUGGAAACACACUUCCUCCCUACAGUACCAUCCGGACCAGCUGCACCAGUCCACCAGGUACAGCUUGUGUUGAUAUGGCACCUUGUGUGUCUCAAGGAGGUUUUUUGGAGUACAUGCCCCCUCCUAUGCACAGUCCUCCUCCGAUACGGCGUGCUUCCUUGCCUCUUAUCACGGCUUACAACCCCCCUACUCACACCGUGUCCCUGCUGCUGGACACACCUGAACACAGCGAGCCCACAGACACAAUGCCGCUGAGUUUGCAGACUGACACGGGGUUUGACUAUGACGGCUUGGGCACCUCUGUAAAGCUGGACUACAUGACUUCUGCUCCACAGAACAGCGCUCUAAAUUUCCAGCUCAACACAUUUCCUCAACAGUCUAACACCUUAUUAACUCAGCAGACAAAUAAUCUCCUACCUCAGCAAACAAACACUCUGUUACCACAAAAGUCCAGUUGUCUUAUGCCCCAACAGUCCAGCACAAUAUUGCCCCAGUACUCGCACCUGUCGUACCUCACGCCCUCUCCUUACCUCACACCCAACCCCACAGAGAGCAGCAACGCUCCUUAUCUGCCCCUCACCACAGGAACCAGCAACACUCUGCCUGCAUACACCAGCAGCGGACAUGCCUAUCUCCAGUCUCAAACCGGCAACCAGAUGCUGCCUCAGUCAGGAGUUCAUGCAUUUCAGACCUACCCUUGGACAACUGACAUGUAUGGUCAGUCGGGUCAGUAUACACAGGCAGUAUUUCGGCCACAGUUAUCAUCACAGGGUCACGAAAGCCAAUACUCCCAGCUCCUGCCCCAGCAGCACUACAUUCAGCUCGAAGGAGUGCCGCCGCAGCCCAGCCUACCCAAACCCACCCCUGACCCCCUGCUGCCCAAUGUCAAAGUAGAGUCUGAAGACAUGGGCCAUGGCCAGCCAAUCAGAGUCAGUGAGGCAGAGCCUAAUUUUCACUGCGAUUUCUCACCGAUCAACUUUUAACAACAGCAGGGUACUGACUGUGAAGAUCUGCGAGCGAUAUUUUCUUUCUUUAUAUGUUUGUCUGCUGUUUUUUGUUGUUUUGUGCAGGAGCUAUUAAAAUGCUCUUUCACUGAUGAUUUUCUGUGUUUUUGUUAUGCAUCUUCGCAAGUUUUAUUAGACUAGUAAACUAGACUGAUGCAUACCUACAGUCACAAACAGGAAUCGGAGGGCCCAGGACAAACCUUUAUUUUCAGGCCCCCCUUUUGGUUUAAUCGCAGAUUAAAGGAAAGUAUGUGUGUACAGUGUGUGAGAGCACCUGUAAAAUAGACUAGCAUUUGCCACAAGGGGGCGCUGUUUUACAAGAGCACUGAUCUCAGUUGAAGUGAUUGCGCAAUCCUCUACAGCACACUUCUGAGGUCUGUUUGAAAGUUUUGUUGAAGCAUUCAGUUCUCCUAUGUUAUGGCUCGCCUCCUCGUCACUCUCAUCACUACAUACUUUUAUUCUCUUUCUCCAUAGCUUUACUCGGCUUCUCUCAAGUGGAGUUAAGGCCAGGACAGAUCUUUUUGUAUGUAUUUGCACAAAGAAAAUUUGAAAAGAUGGCAGAAACAUGAUCAUUACACCACAAACCCCCGCAGUGUUAAUAUAACCCUCACACAUACGCAAAUGCAUGCUCUAGUUCCCUUUCAUUUCCUGUCUAUGGUUGCUUUCAGAUAUGGUGAGAAAUGUUGCGAGAUAAAGAUAAUGUCUGUGACAUGUUUGCUUGUUACCUCUAAAUACUUGCAAAUAAAAUGACUGGAAAUGCAAACUUGGGUCAUGUUAAGUGAGGAAUUCAUGAGGAACUAUUUAUUCAGUGGU